UAUAAAUAUCGACCACCGGGUCCCUUUCUCUCCCCUCGUUAUUCAUUUUCCUUUCGCUUCCCAAUCGUCCUUUCCCCCAAUUCGCUUUCUCAUCUUCUAGGGUUAGGGUUUCCGUCUUCCCUAGCGUUUGCAAAGCAGCUUCUUCUCAAAAUCCGGCAACAUGUCGACCUCUAAGAACAUCGUGUUGAAGAGCUCCGAUGGCGAGACUUUCGAGGUGGAGGAAGCGGUGGCUCUGGAAUCGCAGACGAUUAAGCACAUGAUCGAGGACAACUGCGCCGACAACAGUAUCCCCCUUCCUAACGUCACCAGCAAGAUCCUUGCUAAAGUGAUUGAGUACUGCAAACGCCACGUCGAUGCUGCGAAGGCCGCCGAGGGUACCGCGGAGAAGACCUCCGAUGAAGAUCUGAAGUCUUUUGACGCCGACUUCGUCAAAGUGGAUCAGGGCACUCUCUUCGAUCUCAUCCUGGCUGCGAACUACUUGAACAUCAAGAGCCUUCUUGACUUGACCUGCCAGACUGUGGCGGAUAUGAUUAAGGGGAAGACACCAGAGGAGAUCCGCAAGACUUUCAACAUUAAGAAUGAUUUCACCCCGGAGGAAGAGGAGGAGGUUCGCAGGGAGAAUGCCUGGGCCUUCGAGUGAUAUGGAAGCUUGUGAUGUUAAUACUCUGGUUAUUUUGUCUGCGGUAGUAGCUAAAACUUGAUGGUAGUAAAUAUUUUGUAACGCUGUUGCUUUAAGGUGCUUUCGAACUGGUUAUAUUAUUCAACUUAGAUGGUGUCAAACCUUGCCUUCUAAUAUUUUGUUGCUCUGUGGGCACAAACUUUAGUUUCAUGUUAAGUGAAUUAUUAUUCGGCACGAAUCUUAUUUUCUCUAUUUUGUGUUUCUUAUGCUGCUGCUAAUCUUACCUAGUUUCGUAGUGGGUUAUUUAAUGGUACAUGAACCAUAUUAAGCUUUUUGUAUCCCUUUUUUUUUUUUCCUGGUUGUGAAUGUUUUUUUUGGCUAUUGGUGCAUCUAUUCUUGUUUCGAUCUUUGUACAUGUAUGGAGAGAAGUAGAUCUUUGUGAAAGAGGACAUGUUUUCUGCUGGGGUUCAUUUGUGAUCUGUAAUUGAGUGCAUGUCCUGUCCUGUUGGUUGUUUGGGGGAUAGUAAUCUAAUGUAUUUCAGUGUUCUGGUUAACACGCUGAGCGCGCCAAAAUUUAGUUUUUUUUUUCUCCAAACUUUCGGUUGUCGCCCAAAACUGAGAUGCAGAUGAUGAAGAAUUUAAGGCAGAAAUUUAGCAUUGAAUUGCCAAGUAUAGCAUAGCCAAAUCUUUGGAUGUAGAAAACUGAUGACAAAGUUCAAAUCCGUUGUUCCAUGUUCUAAAUCUGUGCUACCAGGAGGCUGUAUUAUCUCUUCCAUAUGGCAAUUUGUUUUAGGGGGAUGUAGACAUGGUUGUGAAAUAGGGUCGGUAUACAUGUUUUUGUCAUGAUCGAAGGACUUAUUCAAAAUUGGAAUUUCUGGAACUUGGGGAGGUUUGAUUGAAGGCAGUGGAAAGGCACGGAUUUACAGAUGGAUUUACUGUAAUGAUGUGUAAUAAAUGAUUAGGGGUAGACACUGUUAAUACCGUAAUGAUUGGGAAGUAAUAAUCAUCUGAAUGAAUAACCAUUUUCUAGGUCAUUUCUAUUUUCCCAAAUCCUCUAAUCUUCUUGAAACUUUUGCUUUCUUCCCCUCUCUGUUCUCCGGGCGUUCUGAACUCUGACUCCGGCGACUGUUUUUCACACUCUGGCCGUCCAAUUCUUCGUUAAUUGCUUAAUUGCCCUCUGUAUCUGACAGUUUGGAGAGCUAGAAAUCUGGGUAUAUUGAAGAAAAUUGGACUUCACAGUCACUUGUACACGUCAUUUUUUGGGCUUCACAGUCACAAUUUGUACUCAUUUUUAGGAAGAAAUCGAGAAGAUUACAUCAAGAAGUCAGUUAUCUUUGUUGACAAGUGAUUGAUUUAUUGGAAUUUUGGAUUACGGAAAGAUCAUUAAGCAGUUUUGGCUUGGGAGGUUGGCAUAAAAUGGUGGGAGUAGGCUUAAAGAAAUGAAAUGGGGAAAGGGUGUUGCGUGGGAUCGGUGGGUGGUUUUGUUCCAGAUUCACACGCCCCCUUAUUGGUUUUGUUUGGGUUGGCUAAUUGCACAUAUGCUGUUUUCUUAGAUUAGGAGUCAUCAUCACCAUAGCGUAAGCGUGCUAUGAAUGGUAUAGUUUGUAUUCUCAUGAAUGGUUUAGUUUGUAGUUUAAUUUUUAGCACAAAUUGUAUAUUUAAUAACGAU